AUUAUUAUCUCGCUAGCUGUUGCAACUUGCGAUAAGCUAGGCGCAACAACAUACUAGAGUCUAUCAUACAUAUGUCUCGGUUGGGCUGCAGCUGGCAGAGCGAGCUCAGCUCCAUGGAUGUGGUCAAUCGGUGCACGCACGGCUUAGGGCUUUUGCUUUUGCUUAGCACGUAGAGCGGUAGAGGAGAGAGAGGCGACGAGACGGGAGGAGAGGAAAAAAACAUGAGCAGUCCAUUAUUCCAGCCACUAGCCAACGAACGAGUCGCUCGAAGUCAUAUGCAUCAUGCAUGCAGGCAUGUGAUCCUUUCUUCCCCAACCACAAACUGCUGAGGCUCCGGACAACUUCACCUGCAGCUAGCUCAUCACUCAUCAGGGAAGAGGGACCACCGCUUGCAUGAGUACUGUACUGUACUGUACUGCCGGUGAGUGUGAGAAGAAUCCCUGGCGUCCUUUCCUUUACAUAAGAUGUAAACUAAUCUUAGCCUCCUAUAACAGUCGAAAUUUUUAGCAUAUACUCGAUCUCAAGAACAAUGCAAUCCAUCCUCUCGAUCGGCCUAAGAUAUUUUUUCUCCAUGAAUUCACCAGUUGACAGCAAAGCAUGACAUGGUGUCCAUGCAUUCAUCAACCAACCUACAAAAACCAUCACUCACUCACUCCUGCGUGAGCUCUCACUCUCCAACACACAGAGGCAGAGGCAAAGCUAGCUGCUCACUCGCAGCAGCAUAUCCAUCUCCCCGCCGCUUCCAAGGGCAUCAACACCAGCAAUGAAGAAGAAAGCCGGCGGCUGCGAGAUCCAAGCCAGCGGCAUCAACUACCACAUCACCGUCUCCACGCCACCUCACCACCCUCCUCUCAAGGUUUGGAGCAGAGCAGACGACGACCAGCAAGACCAAGCCUCCACCGAUGUAAUCAACACCGGCGUCCGCCACGUGCUUCGGAACGUCACCUGCCGCGCGCGCCCCGGCGAGCUCCUCGCCAUCGUCGGUCCCAGCGGCGCCGGCAAGUCCACGCUGCUCGAGAUCCUCGCCGGCCGCCUCUCCCCUUCCGCGCCGCCAGACCUUCUCCUCCUCGACGGCGCCGCCGCCCACAGCGCUGACCUCCGCCGCGUCUCCGGCUACGUCACCCAGCGAGACGUCCUCUUCCCGCUCCUCACCGUGCGCGAGACGCUGCUCUUCAGCGCGCGCCUCCGCCUAGGCGCCCGCGUGCCCGCCAAGGACAUGGACGCCCGCGUCGACGCGCUCCUCGACGAGCUCACCCUGCGCCGCGUUGCCGCCACGAGGGUCAAGGACCUCUCCGGGGGCGAGCGCCGGCGCGUGUCCAUCGGCGUCGACGCGGUGCACGACCCCGAGGUGCUCAUCCUCGACGAGCCCACCUCCGGCCUCGACAGCGCCUCCGCGCUCCAGAUCGUCGGCGCGCUCCGCGCCAUGGCGGAGACGCGCGGCCGCACCGUGCUGCUCAGCAUCCACCAGCCGGGCGCGCGCAUCGUCAAGAUGUUCGACUCCGUCCUCCUGCUCGCCGCAGGCUCCGUCCUCCACCACGGCACUGUCGACGCCCUCCGCUCCCUGCUCGGCGCCGCGGGCCUCGACCUGCCCCCGCACGUUGACACCGUCGAGUUCUCCAUCGACUCUGUGGACGCGCUCCGCCUCCACCACCGCCUCCUCAGCACCGCUGGGCUGCAGGCGGCGCCUCCCCAGCUCCCGCCGGCAAGAGAGCGCGAGGGCAGGUGCACGCUGCAGCAGCUGUUCCAGCAGCACAAGCAGGUGGCGGACGAGGACAUGGUCGUCAAGAACGCGAACGCGGGGUCGCGGUACGCCAACUCGCGGGCGCGCGAGGUGGCGGUGCUGUCGCAGCGCUUCUUCAAGAACGUGGCACGGACGCGGCAGCUGUUCGCGUGCCGCACGGUGUGCAUGCUGGUGGCUGGGCUGGCGCUGGGCUCCAUCUUCUACGACCUCGGCGAGGACAAGGUGGCGGAGCGCGUGGGGCUCUUCGCCUUCCUGCUCACCUUCCUGCUGUCGUCCACCACGGAGGCGCUGCCCAUCUUCCUGCAGGAGCGCGAGAUCCUGGCCAAGGAGACGUCGUCGGGGGCUUACCGCAUGUCGUCGUACGCGGUGGCGAACGCGGUGGUGUUCCUGCCCUUCCAGCUGGCGCUGGCCGUAGUGUUCGCGGCGCCGGUGUACUGGCUGACGGGCCUCCGGCGCACGGCGGCGGCAUUCGGCUACUUCCUGCUGGUGAUAUGGCUGAUCCUGUACACGGCGAACUCCGUGGUUGUGUGCUUCGCGGCUGCGGCGCCGGACUUCGUGGUGGGGAACGCGGCGAUCCAGGGGGUGAUGGGAUCCUUCUUCCUGUUCUCGGGGUACUUCAUCGCGCGGUCGGCGAUGCCGGGGUGCUGGGUGUUCAUGCACUACCUGUCGCUGUUCAAGUGGCCGUUCGAGGCGCUGCUGGUAAACGAGUUCGCCGGGGGCGGGAGGUGCGUGAUGCGGGUGCUGGGCGAGUGCGUGGCCACGGGGGACGAGGUGCUGCGCCGGGAGGGGCUCGGGGAGGAGUGCAGGUGGCGCAACGUCGGCGUCAUGGUGGCCUUCAUGGCGGCCUACAGGGUGCUGGGAUACGGCGUGCUGAGGGUGAGGUGCAGCCUCGCGCUCAACAAGGCCAAGGCCGUCAACCUCAGAUUGAGCCGGCUUUUUUAGCCCCCUCGUGGUCGUCCGUCGUGAUCCAUUCCAUUCCAUGGAUGUGGAUGUACCUCUACCUCCUCUCCUCCCCCCGCAUGGUGCUGGUGGUGAUGAAUUACUGAUAUGCUUAAAUCAUAAGCUACUGAAACUCUAAAAAGAUGAGCUACUGGACUCUGAAAUUACAAGGUGUCAGCAGUUCCAACCCAUAAGAAAAUCUCUCAGUAGUCACUUUUGAGAAAUACUGAAGCAUGAAAGAGAUUAUUAUACUACUGAUGAUUACUUCUUUGCAAACAGAA